CUUUUUUCCCUGAUGCUUCGUCGUCUCCUCUAUACGACUGCACGCAGGCAUAAUGACAGCAUCCCGUCUAUGAAUAAUCUGACGGACGUCCUCCUUCAGACCCACGAAGACCAGCAAACCGCCAAAGACGAAGAGGCAAAAGGAGCGGCAACAGAAACCAUCCAGCCUAUACGCAAUUACAAGAACUUUGAACCCAACGAUUUCAUACGGCCCUGGGAUCUCAGUCUGGAAGGACGAACAUUGACGCCACCUCGAGCUACUCGUAGACUGACUACAGCACCCAGAACACGCGACGCCCGGUCAGCAGACGUGUUUUAUAACCUGGGAAUCGACCCUCUCAAACUGGCUCUUCAUCCAGGCGUCCUGGACCCAUUCAUCACCGAACUAGCUAUGAUUUUACCACGUAGAACCACAGGCCUUACAUCCAAGAGCCAACGGAGAGUAGCUAAAGCCAUUCGACGCGCGAAGAUGAUGGGAAUUAUGCCAUUACACUCUGAACCUACCGAACUUUUCUAA